AUGACAAGAAAGGCAUUAAAUGAGCAAAUAAAAUUCUUAAAAGAACGUCUAGAAAGAAUUGAAAAGAGAAAGGAUAGGAAGAUUGAUCCAAUAGAAUAUACUAGUUUAUCAAAAAUUACUGAUUAUAAUAAAGCAUCAAAAUCUAAGGCCCUGUCUAGGUCUCCAUUCAGAACUGCAUCCAAUAAAAAUGAUGUUCAAAGUAAUAAAAGUAAAAAGGACCACUUUCACCUUAUUACUCCAGAUUUUCUUACAGAAGAUGUUAACGAUAAUAGAUCCAUCACAAGC